AUGUUUUACUCGGAGACGCUGUUAUCGAAGACCGGGCCCCUGGCUCGAGUCUGGCUGUCCGCGAACCUCGAACGCAAACUGACAAAAUCCCAUAUUCUGCAAUCUGACAUCGAAAGCAGUGUCAGCGCGAUUGUCGACCAGGGCCAAGCGCCCAUGGCGUUGCGGUUGAGUGGUCAGCUGUUGUUGGGUGUUGUCCGCAUCUACAGCAGGAAAACUAGAUAUCUUCUUGAUGACUGCAACGAGGCUUUAAUGAAGAUUAAAAUGGCUUUUCGAUUGACAAACAACAAUGAUCUCCCCACCUCCGUCACCCUCCCCGCUGGUGGAAUUACUCUGCCAGAUGUGCUUACGGAGUCUGAUCUAUUUAUGAACUUGGAUACCUCUGUUUUGUUCUCACAACCCAUGCCACAAGUAGGGACUGAAGGCAAAAGGCCUGCAUCGUCGCUAGGUUGGUCGAGCCAGCUGCUUCCGGACAGCACCCCUAGUCGGCGGUUCGCGACGCCCAUCGAGAGACCCCACUUGGAAGAUGAUACCGGUCUUGUUCUUGAUUUAGGCGAGGACGACAUGCCUUUAGGCCACGACAUGAGCAUUGAAGUGGGACGAGAUGCACCUGCUCCACGACCGGUUGGCGAAGACCUUUUCAGCGACGACCAAAGGGCGUUCAACGAUGAUUUGGAGCUCGAUCAUGGUGAUGUUGGAAUCCAAUUUAACAAACCAGAGGAUGAAGUAGAUGCGCAUGACAAUGUGGAUAACUUCUUGCAGCAGGAUGAUGAUGUGCUUAUGGGUGGUGUUGAAGAAGAGUUGGGAGCUCCGAUUGUCGAAGCAGACACAACAGUGGUACCUGCGGAAGAACCCAGCGAAUUCCUUAGGGAUUCUCAAUCUCCACUUUCAUCUAACGGUGAUUUCGUAUCAAGUGUUAUGAGCGGCAACAACGAAAACUGGGCUCCGGAAUUGCGCGAAAUGCUGUCAAUUGAUGCUGUGCGACAGGCGAGCGAGCUUAAGCGAAAGCGAGACAGCGGAAUUGCCGAUAUGGAUGUUGAUGGAGCUGACAAAAUGCCCCGGCUUGACCUUGAUGAAGACAGCGGUUUCCUACAUGCGGACGAAGGCAUCGAGCUUGGCGGAGACACCACUCUGAACCAGCAAUCUGAGAUCCACAUUGCAGGCGAUGAGGAACAAGCGCACUACAUGUCCGAUGACGAAGUUCCCGGCUAUCAAGCAGAGGGCUUCAACGACUCUAGCAGCACCGUCCAUCCCGCAGAAAGCGGACCUGUCUCUCUCGGAACAAAGCACGCCGUUCACUUGUUACGCGACCGAUUCGGAGGUGAAGGUUCUUCACGAUCGAAGAAGAGUAGCGUUAUCUUCCAAGAUCUCCUCCCCGAGGGGACCACGACCAAGAGUGAUGCGACCAAGAUGUUUUUCGAGGUGCUUGUGUUAGCCACGAAAGACGCUGUGAAGGUUGAGCAGCACCAUGGUACGAUUGGUGGUCGCCUAAAGAUCAGUGCCAAGCAGGGCCUAUGGGGAUCAUGGGCAGAAACGGAAGCCGGAGGCGAAAUAGCCACACAGACAACAGAAGUCGCGGUUUGA